AUUAAGUUCUCUUUGGAAAAAAACGAAGAUCUAGAAUCUAUAUCUACAUGUGUUGCGAAAUAUUAUAAAAACGUCCGUGUUGAGAAAUUUGCAACUGGGGGUUCUAGAUUCUAUCUUAGAUCUAUAUUUAGUAAUUUACCAAUGGAAAUUUCCAGGAAAUUUUUGGAAAUAUAACGUGAAGAGAAAGAGGUUUGUAGGGCCUAGUUCUAGGCCAAAGUAUUUUUUUUACUAUUUACCAACUAGCGGCCAAGAAUCGUUGGUGGAUAUAUAAUUCAUCUAGAUUUGAUUUAGCUUCUAGACUCUAGAUCUAGAUCUAGAUUAGAUAUCUAGAUUCUAGAUUAGAUCUCUAAUCUAAGCCUAAAGUUAAAGAUCUUUGGUUAAAGCCAACCAGUCAGUUUGCCAGUUUUCAAGAUGACGGUAGGCCUAUCGUCGCUCAGGAAAACGGUUCUGUUAUGUUUACUUUUGCUGCUUCUUAUUGAGCUCCUUGAUGUGGAAGCAAGACGGGGUGGUGGUGGUGGUGGUGGUGGAUCCAGAGGUGGUGGGUCCAGAGGUGGUGGGUCCAGAGGUGGUGGAUCCAGAGGCGGAUACAGAGGCUCAUCCAGAGGUUCAAGAGGUUACAGAGGCUCAAGGGGUUACAGAGGCUCAAGAGGCUCCAGAAGUUAUAGAAGCUACCGAAGUGUGAAACUUUCUGGACGUGUUGUCAAAGGUAGCAGCCGCUUCACUUCUGAUACAUGGAGACAUGCUGCCCUAGAUGAUGAAAUUUAUGGAGGCCCCAGCUACAUCAGGAGGUAUCCUGGUCGUAAAGACAUACCCCCUAUCUGUACCAACAAUGUAAAGAAACGAGCUUAUAGCCAAAAAAUGGGAUACUUUAUCUGUCCCAUGGAGAAUCAGACGUCUGACUACAUCUACUGCUGUGGUCCUGAGAAACAGGAGUACUGCUGUAACAAAACAAUGGCUCAGAUAUACUAUGGACGGCUCCACGAUUCUGAUUACGAUUACUAUGACUACGAAGCUGGCAUGGAAGUUCCAUUGGAUGGAUUUGGAGCUGUUUUGUUCUUUGGUUCGAUCUUUGUCAUAUUUGCUAUUUUUUGUGGGAUUUUCAUCCUUGUCUACCUCAGACAUCUGAAGACUAUGUUGAUGACAGGUAUUUGCAAGGGUAGGAGAAAUAACCGUACACCCAGGAGAGAAAGGCAUACUAAGAGAGAACUAAAGAAGGACCCCGAGCCUCUCCUGAGUCCUAUAAGGCCCCCUCGCCCAGGCAAGGAACCCGUGGUCUCAUCUGUCUGAGGAGACUAACUUCAGCGCCCCCAACCCACCUGGACCGCCUGUGGCUCUGAUGUCCUCCCUACCCGCCCUCUAGCUACACUUAAAGCAUUGAUGAGAUGUUGUCUUCGGAAAUUGCCAAAGGAGCCCACUUUUCCAACAUUGAUGGCCCAAUUUUUAGCUCAGUAGCUUGCUUUUGUACUUCAUUUGAUCUGUGCUUACUGAUCGCAGCAUUUUGGAAUUACCAAUUCUUUUUUACUUUUAAAUUUUUUCCUAAGAGUGAUACGAUGUGAAACGUCUAUCGUCAUCAUCUUUCCUCCUCCUUUUUUGUGUAUGUUAUUCUCUUGCAACACCUCUAAUCUCUGGUAUUCAUUUGACCUAAUUGUGUUGCAAGUACUGAAAAACUC